UUGAGCCGUCAGAUACACAAUCACACACAGUAAAUAAUAGUCACACUGAUUUCAAAUGAAACAGCGGCCUCGGCUCUACCGAUAUUACCGGAUUUUUUCGUGUUUUCCUCAACGUCUCGCCGAGAUUUUCCCCAGCGGUAUUAAAGUGCACGGAGGAGGCGGUUGUCCCUCCAUUAACCGGUAGUAAUGCGGAGUGUAGCCAGCGCUGGCUUCAGCUAAGCCCAUUCGACAAUGUCACAUAAACACCAUCAUCACUAGCAGCGCCACGAGAGCUUCACUGGAAUAAUUUUUUGUCCAAAUGCUAUCGAAGACGGACGGGUGAAAACCGGUAUAUUUAAACGUCAGCUCUUUUUGUCCAUUCAGUCCAUCCAUCCCGUUGAAAAGGUCAUGAAAGCCCCCUCUUCCUAGUGUCACUGACCCCUGAUGACCCACUGAUCUUUGACGUGUGUUCCUGUCAUCUUCAACCCUCUCCUGCUAUGCAGCCAUGAGCUCUGCGCUAUGGAGCCAGGAGAAGUCAGCAGGCAGCUUCCGGGACGACUGGCGCUUCUACAUUGUUGUAAAGGAGUGCACUGUGGAAAAGCCAGGCCAGAAGACUCUGCGCAUCCCUCGUGGCAGCCUCGGCCAGGCCUGCCAGGAGCGCAACAGCCUUGGUCGCACAAUCCCGCCCAGCAAGGGUAAGCGCAGCCUACGCAUCCUGGACCAGACUAAUGUGGUGGUUAGCGUGGAUGAACGGGACGUUAUGGAGCUUGAGGAGAAGCUGGCAGAGCUGCUGUUCCCCAUCACCAACUGUGAAGAGCGCUACAGCCUGCUGUGCAACAGAGCACGUCUGGACAGGGCCCGCGACAUCAACUGCGGAUCAAAAGUUCGAGUGCAGUUGAGGUUCGGCGACCAGCCCCUUCCAGGCGUGGUCCGCUUUAAAGGAGCUUUGCUGCCCGACAGAGCACUGAGUGGUAUCUGGUUUGGUGUUGAAUUGCUGGAGGAGGGCAGAGGUCAAGGUUUCACCGAGGGCUCUUAUCAGGGUCAGCAGCUGUUUCGUUGUGAAGAUGAAUGCGGUGUCUUUGUUGCACUGGAUAAACUUGAGCUCUGGGAAGAUGAUGAGCUGGAGGUAGAUCGUGUGACGCUAGAGGAUAAUGACCCGGAAGUGGAAAGCGAAGGACCGCCACUGGAGAUCAACUCUCGUGUGUUGGUGCAGACGCGGGAAGGCCCAGAACGGGGCACUGUUAUUUUCUGUGACUUACUCCCUGGCAACGAGAGUCUUGGAUACUACGUUGGUGUUGAUAUGGACAAUCCCAUUGGAGACUGGGAUGGGAUCAUCGACGGCAAACAGCUGUGUAAUUUUGCUAGUCUUGAACACACCCGUCUCGUCCCCAUCUGUGAUGUGAUGCCAGAAUACUCCAUGCAGGAUCAGAGGCUGCCCAAAGUCUUUGCCUGCAGGGGCGGCAGUGACAAACCUGGCAGCCAGAGCAAACCAAAGAGUAAAGGGUUAGGCCUGCAGCCUGGCAGCAGGAGCAAGUCUGAGUUUUAUUAUACGCUAAAUGGCAGUUCGGUUGAUCACCCUGCCCAGUCCAAAGCCAAAAGCACAUGGUACAUAGAUGAAGUCGGCGAGGACCCGGCCAAAUCCCUGACGGACACCCCCCCAGACUUCAACCCAAGCUCGUCCCCUUCUCGAGCUCCGCCCAUACCCUCCUCACUGUCCAAUGAUAACAAGUUCCACUCCCUGCCCUUUAGCUUGAGCCACAAAGUUGGCCCCAGUGGGAGCAUGAGCCACGGCCCUCUCUCCCUGUCCGCUGGCUCAGUGAUGGGGGAGCAGCAAGAGGUCCUGCCACCUGCUACCACUCCUGUCCAGAGGCCUCCGUCGCCAACACAAAGCCAGCCAGGGUUAGAGGUCGGGUCAUUGGUGGAGGUUAAAGAGAACCCACCGCUGUGUGGGGUCAUCCGCUGGGUUGGUCUACCUCCAGGACUUCAAGAGCCGCUAGCUGGGCUAGAGCUGGAGGAGGAGUGUGUGGGCUGCACUGAUGGAACGUUUAAAGGGAUUCGUUAUUUUACGUGUCCACCAAAGAAAGCUCUGUUUGUCAAACUGAAGUGCUGCAGGCCUGACUCACGAUUUCCAUCCUUACAUCAUUCACCCAACCCCAUAGAACGAUGCAACUCCAUAGUCAGUCUUUUCUCCUUUAGUUCUGUGUUGGAUACGGUGCUCCUGAGACCAAGAUCUAAGACUGAUGUAGAAUAUUACAAAGAGACACAAGACUUACUGCGCACAGAAAUAGUCAACCCACUGCGAAUACAUGGCUACGUGUGCGCCACUAAAAUCAUGAAACUUAGGAGGAUAUUGGAGAAAGUGGAGGCAGCGUCAGGAUUCACUUCAGAAGAGAAAGAUCCUGAGGAGUUCCUCAAUAUCCUGUUUCAUCACAUCCUGAGAGUCGACCCUCUUCUCAAGCUUCGGUCUGCAGGACAGAAGGUUCAGGACUGUUACUUCUAUCAAAUCUUUAUGGAUAAGAAAGAUAAAGUGCUGGUGCCAACCAGCCAGCAACUUCUGGAGUGGUCCUUCAUCAACAGUGAUCUCAAAUUUGCAGAGGCCCCUUCUUGCCUUAUAAUUCAAAUGCCUCGCUUUGGGAAGGACUUUAAGAUGUUUAAUAAGAUCUUCCCUUCUCUGGAGCUUGACAUCACCGAUCUAUUAGAUGACACUCCUAGAGAAUGUCGAAUUUGUGGUGGCUUAGCUCUUUACGAAUGCAGAGAGUGCUAUGAAGAUUGUGACAUCACGCCAGGAAAGAUCAAGCAGUACUGCGAGAAGUGCAAUACACAGGUACAUCUGCACCCACGACGUAAGUCUCAUCGGUAUGUUAAGUUAUCUGUCCCUAAAGAGCUACAUGAGUCAGUUUGGAGACAGGGAUCUUACCCUCACCAGCAGAUGGAGCUGUUUGCUGUGCUCUGCAUUGAGACAAGCCACUAUGUCGCCUUUGUCAAAUACGGAUCCGCAGACUCGGCCUGGCUAUUCUUCGAUAGUAUGGCUGACCGUGAUGGUGGUCAGAACGGGUUUAACAUCCCACAGGUUUCCCCAUGCCCUGAAGUAGGGGCCUACCUGAAGAUGACCCCGGAGGAACUCCACGCACUGGACCCCAAGAACAUCCAGGGCUAUGCACGCAGACUUCUCUGUGACGCCUAUAUGUGCAUGUACCAGAGUCCCACCAUGAGCCUCUAUAAAUAGAGAAGGAGGAAUAAAGAAGAUGGAAAGGUAGGAAAGCGAAUGGCAGAGAGAUGAGGGAACAAGGGAACAGAGGAAAGGGGCUGUAGUGAAGAGAGAAUGAGGAAGAAAAGAAAGAAGAAAAGUGCCCAAGAAGACGCACUUGAGAUUGAAUAUCCCACAUCCAGUUACCUCAUCCUCUCUUCUGCAUCUCUCUGUACAUACUGCAGGGUAAAUACGGUCAUGAGAGUGAAGGCAAGAUCAAGAGAACGAACAAAAAAGCCUAUUUGCACUGUGUGAGAGCAUAUGUGUUUGUGUGUGUUUGUUGAAGUGUUGUUGUUGUUUUCUCUGAUUUGUGCCGUCUUUGGCUCAGCUCAAACUCUUGAGUGUUCAGAGCGGUGUUUUGCACGGAGAGAAUUCGCAAUCUUUCCAGCCCUCAGGUGUUUCGCAGACGCUCACUCACCUGAUGGCUUCACAUUCGCUACGUACCGCCAGAACUGACCCCUCCAAACAGCAACACAUUCUACCCCUGUUAAUGAAACCUUGGAUGAAUGUCCAAAACAGGAUGUUUCUGUUCUGUCUGAAUGCCUCCACUCAUCACCAACCCAUUUUAAUGCACUGCAGUGUCCAGCAUUAAUUAUAGUUCAGACGCACUGUGUGUAGUCCCUGUUUUUGCCUUUGUAUUUUGCUGUGAAGUCUUUGUCUGGUGUGUUCACAUACAGCAGAGCCCUUGACUGCCAUGCACGGGUUCCAGAUCAAGACAGAAGAAUGAGAUGAUUAAGCACAGGUUUUUUUUUUUUUGACAUGAAGAAUUAUAUAAUUGAGCAUUUUCUUGUUAAAAUAGGAAUUAUUUAAUUUUAUUAUAAUUUUUUUUUUUUUUAAAUUGCAAAAAAAUACUAGCAACUCCCCAGGCCAUGCUCUCAAAGUCAUAAAUUAGCUGUAAAUUACUUCCUAUAGAUACAAGCCAAUUUUUGCAAGUAUUAUGAUAAUAUUAUGAUAUUCCAAAGGUUACUGCUUUGCAGUCAAGGUCGUGUUCAUGUUAUAAAAAACUGAUUCUAGUUCCUGUUUGUAUAUGACAUGCUCUGGUUUGAGUGUUCACGGCUGAGGCUGAAUGGACAAGAGCUGUUUUAUGCUAAACUGCAGUGCUGAUGGCUAAUUUGCAGAAACACUGUUCAUCGAGAUACUGGUUUGAUGUACUGUGCACAUUUUUGCUAUGGGUUAUCGGAUUGUUUACACAUCCUGGUUUAAACUAAAGAGUUAUGAAAAUAAACUUGCAUUGGGAUCGUUUUGUAAUCUCUGCUGAUGUAACUGUACACUAUGGGAGAGAUUCUUCGUGAGCGACUGUAAUGGGAGAAAGAAUGACGACUGGUGUACUUGUGUAAAAUGAAGCCAGGUGGACUUUAUUAUAUCUGUGCUGUUCUCUUAAAUGUUAACUAAAUUAAAACGCCAUUUUGAAAACA